AUGUUACUACCCGAUCCCAUCACGCUACUUAUUGUUACUGACAACCAACAUAUUGACGAGAUAACAUUGGACCAUGUAUAUGAACGCAAGCAAGAGUUAAUUGUGCAUAGAAGCUACACGACAACUAAGCAAAUGGAUGACCUGCUAAGAAAGCAUACAAAUGGCGUUACUGUCGACAGAGAAGUCAACCGCCUUCAACGACCUGACACGAUAUAUAAGGAUUGGGCCUGACUACCAGGAAUUAAUUUAUUACAGAAUGAAUGACCUACAAACUAAUUGCCUCCAACCACACAUGAAGUUUUGCUAAUCAUGUAUCAUUAUUUUGUAUAUAACGCACGUUAUCACAAAGAAGACCUAUCAUUCUUUGACCUAAACCAGUCAUUCUCGUAGACACCUGAUCAAACCAUAUCACCUAUCCAUCAAUGCUCCUCUCAUUUAUCUUAACACUUAGCAUUUUGUCUCACCAACCAAAAUCUCCAUUCACAACACAAUCGGAUAUCCCUUAACCACCAGCUGGAACUAAACGACGAAGUGAAACGAAUUUAAGAACAACGCACUGUCAUAUUUACCAGUAAACAUAAUCCGUAACCUUACAUAUGUUGAUUUAAUUUUAAUCUGGCAAAUAUACUUG